CGUGACUGCCCCGAGGUAUCGGAUGCUGCCGACGGAGACCGAUUUGAAUACGCUUCCGGUGGUUUCCAACUUGCCGGAGAAGGUUCUUCCUAUUGGAGCUGUACAGUCUAGGACUACUGGAGGAUAAUUGAAUAUAUUAAAAGGAGCUUAUUAAAAUUCUGGAGUAUUGAGGGCUCCAACUGAGUGGAUUUGGUUCACCUAGUAGAGAUUUUUGGUUUUGAAGCCCUUUAUUGAAUCUUUCAGAUUGCAUCAGGUUACUUGUAAUGGUUUUACGAGCAGCAUUUGAAAGGCUAUAUGAUUCCGAUAUCUUGUAUGGUAAUUAGUGUAGUUACAAGGGUUUUCUCUGAAGUGCUCAUGUUUCCAAGACAGACACAAAUUUAGGACUAAUUUUAUUAUUAAUCUAACCCGGACAAGUGAGCUAAGUUAAUUUAGGAAUUCAGAAAGUGCAGUGUACUUAUUGUCAUCUCAUCAUGGGCAAGUGCUGUCAAAAAAAUUGGAAGAAUCCAGUUGGGAGCCACCCAAGGUUUUGCUCUAUGGUCAGUGGUCACUGAUUAUAUAUAUUCUGUUUGGGGAAUUCAUUGAGACGUUAUUUUUACAUUGAGGUUGCUUUCCGCUUUUUUCUAAACUAAAGCUAAAUAUAUCAUAUGCUUGCAAGAUGUUACACAUAGUAGAAAAUCCAACUUGGAAAAUGGGAGGAAAACCUGUUAUAGUUGGAGAAUUUGUUAGUCAGUGGUUACCAGCUGGAAUUAGUGGAUUAGCUGGAUAAAUGCUGCUUAGAGACUUGAAGAAAGAUAUUCAAGAAAAUAUCGAGAAUCUCCUCCUUCUGUCAAUUUCUACUUUGUUUUCACUCUUCUUAAAUCUACUUCUCACCCUCUUAUCUAUUAUUCUCGAAUUUUUCUGUAACAGAGGGGAUUUAAAAGAUUUGGAACAUGCAUUAUGCAGAGGGGAUUUAAAAGAUUCAAAGAGUUCUGGAUCAGAAAAUGGAAAGUCAUUUAGUCGAUUCAAGUUGAGACUUCUUGGAGAGAGAUGACUGUGAAUUGGGAUUACCAAUACAAGCAGGAAAAAGUGAUGACCUUGAUAGGAGAAACUGGCACAUUCUUGAACGGAAAUUGGAGGAUGAUGAGCCCUUUGUUGGUAUUGGAAAAACAGGAAGUGCAAACAGAAAAUUGAAACCUCAAUGCAAGGUACCCAUGGUAUGAUUCUUGCCUUUGAAUCUAUUGAUGUUUCCAAAAAAAAAGAGAGAGAACUAGAAGCAUUUGGGGUUCCAUCUAAAAAAUCUGGUAUGCGCAAUUCAUUCCCAGAACUGAUUCUUUUGUUGCGGGGAUUAUUGGAGAGGUCCUUGAAGAAGAGAAAAAUAAAAGAGAAUAAAGAUGUUGGGUGUUGCUAGCAAGUUGCAGUAUUUUAGGAGCCAUAAUUGUGAGUUCAGUUCUUGUGAUAUUCUGAUUCUAAUGGAAGGUAACUGGGAGAUAUCAAGCAGGCCAAGAAAGAAAUAUUUCCCUAUUGUGCAGAUAGUUGUAUUGAAGAUACUCAAAAAAAUGUCAAAAUGGCAAGAAAAACUUUUAUCUGGAAGUGGAAACUGCUUAGCUCAGCUGCUGCUCGUGCCAGUUUCUGUUUUCAUGCUGUAAAAGCUGAAUACUAUCGCUAGCUAGUGUCAAGGAUUACAUGCUUCCUAAUGGAGAUCAAGAAACCGUCCUUAGGAAUCAGUAACAGAUCUUACCAGAGCUUACUCAAACGAAAUAUCUACCAACUGUAGAUGGACAAAUCUACCAUCUGAAGCAACAAGUUAUAAGAUAGAACCUUCAUUCGGGCCAGACUUAAAGGACAAGGAUGUGCUAAAUGGGAAAGGUAUUGUUACAUAUAGGAGAAAAGUCUAGAAAUUGGACGGAAGAGCUGUUAUAGCUGGAGAGUUUGUUGAUGGGUUACCAGCUGGAAUUAGUUGCUAGAGACUUGUAGAGUGACAUUCAAGAAAAUACCAAUAGUCUCAUUUAUUCUUCUCUAAAUUUUUACUAUCUUUCCUCUAAUUUAUCUCUUUCUUCUAUUCUUUGCUAGUUGUCCUGUAACAGUGCUGUUAGGGAUUCUAAACCCUAACAGAUUUCUUAUGCAAUUGUUAGAUUUAUAAAUUAUACUCUUCUUUUUCCUUUUUUUUAGGUUGUUUAUGCUAAUCAAGAGGCCAAAUAUGUAUCUUCUUGUUGCUUACUUUUCUCUAAUCUGUGAUGUUGAAAAGUAUAAUUUGAAUGGUCAUCUGCUGCAGAAUUACCUUGGGAAGGAGAUGCCAUUUCAUCAAAUCUUACUAGGAAAUGUGAAGCCCUUGCUGUAUCUGGUUUGGUGGAGUAUGGAGAUGAGAUAGAUGUGAUUGCUCCUGCAGACAUUCUGAAGCAGAUUUUCAAAAUGCCAUAUUCUAAGGCUCGAAUAUCAAUUGCAGUUCGUCGUAUUGGACAGACUCUUGUUCUGAAUUCAGGGCCUGAUGUUGAAGAGGGAGAAAAGUUGGUUAGAAGACAUAAAAAUCAAUCAAAAUGUGCAGAUCAAUCUUUAUUUCUGAAUUUUGCUAUGCAUUCAGUGAGAAUGGAGGCUUGUGAUUGCCCACCAACUCAUCACUCUUCACCAGGGGGCCAAUCAAACUCAUCUGUACUUCCGGGGACUGAUGCAUCACAUUUUGGGGGGCAGAAAGAUCGUUCUACUGAGAAUGAUGGGUACAGCCAUUGUUCAGAGUAUCCACAGGUUAAACAAGAGGGAUUAUUUUGGGAAAGCAAAAAGAAUAGAAGAAAUAAAGACCAUCAUCCUGUAAAAAAGGCUUCGCAUGUUGGUGAAAAGCCCAGAUGCUCAGUUCAAGAAUCUGAAAAGCAUAAGAGAGUCAGUAAUGAUGGAUUUUUAAGGGUUCUAUUUUGGCAAUUUCACAAUUUCAGAAUGCUCUUAGGCAGUGACUUGCUUCUGUUUAGUAAUGAAAAAUACGUUGCUGUCAGCUUGCAUUUAUGGGAUGUAACAAGACAGGUAACACCGUUGACUUGGCUUGAAGCCUGGCUUGACAAUAUCAUGGCAAGUGUGCCUGAAUUGGCUAUCUGUUAUCAUCAAAAUGGUGUUGUUCAGGGUUAUGAACUACUUAAAACAGAUGACAUAUUUCUUCUGAAAGGUGUAUCUGAAGAUGGAACGCCUGCUUUUCAUCCCCAUGUUGUCCAGCAAAAUGGCCUCUCUGUAAUGAGGUUCCUUCAAGACAACUGCAAGCAAGAUCCUGGUGCUUAUUGGCUUUAUAAAAGUGCAGGUGAAGAAGUUAUUCAGCUUUUUGAUCUUUCUGUUAUUCCCAAGAACCAUGCCUCCAAGAGUUGUGAUGAUAGUUCAAGCUCGCUGCCUUCUUUAUUAAAUAGAGGGAGAAGUAGUUCAUUGUUUUCAUUGGGAACACUUCUUUAUCGAAUUGGUCAUAGGCUUUCCCUUUCCAUGGCACCGAGUAAUAGAGCUAAGUGUGCAAGGUUCUUCAGAAAAUGUUUGGAAUACUUGGACGAGCCAGAUCAACUUGUUGUCCGUGCAUUUGCUCAUGAACAAUAUGCAAGACUCCUUUUGAGUCAUGAUGAAGAGUUGGAAUUGAAUUUAACAUCUGAAUCACUUCCAAGAGAAUGUGAAGUGACUACUCCAGUAGAACCCCUGGACUCUUGUAGUUUCUCUGAGCCUGUUGUUUCUGAAAAUUUCUCCUCACCAGUUUUAGAAGACAGAUUGAAUGAAGAUGGAAAAAGCUUUAAUAAUGUAAUAUCAGAAAUGUCAGUUAAGAUGGCAUUGGAAUCAAAUGCAUCAACCUGCAGAAAGUUGAUAGCUUUGAGUGAGGCAGAAUCUUUUGAUUCAGAAGGAUCUCAGACCAGUUCCAGCGAUCAGAAUAAUUUUGCAGUGUGUAAAAUGUCCCCAGCAUCUUCGUGUGUGGUUCAAACUAUUGCUGAUCCACUGUCCUCUAAGUUAGCUGCAGUACAUCAUGUUUCUCAAGCUAUCAAGUCUCUCAGAUGGAUGCGCCAACUACAAGGUGCUGAAUCAGAGUUAGUUGAACAGGUAAGUGGUACUUAUGAUAGGCCACCCUCAUCCAUAAACUUUGCUGUCUGUGCAUGUGGUGAUGCUGAUUGUAUAGAAGUUUGUGAUAUUCGAGAAUGGUUACCAACAUCAAAAAUAGACCACAAAUUGUGGAAGCUUGUUCUUUUGCUUGGAGAAUCUUAUUUGGCACUGGGACAAGCUUAUAAGGAAGAUGGCCAGUUGCAUCAAGCUUUGAAAGUAGUAGAAUUAGCAUGUUCUGUAUAUGGAUCAAUGCCACAACAUUUGGAGGCUACAAGGUUUGUCUCCUCAAUUAUUAAAUAUUCAUCCCUGACAAAGCGCAAUGACAAGAAUGAGAAGACGAUAUCAUAUAUUGGUGAUACAAAGGAAAUGAAAUCCAGUUCCAGUGAUCACAGUUUUGCUUUUGAGCGUUUUUCUUCCUCUUACCUCUUUUGGGCGAAGGCAUGGACAUUGGUUGGAGACAUUUAUGUGGAGUUCCAUUUCAUAAAGGGUAAAGAGCUCUCAACACAAGCAGACAGGAAUCCUUCUGCCAAAGAAUUGAGAAUGUCAUCUGAGGUUGUGAAGGAAGUUCAAAGGCUAAAGAAGAGGUUGGGUCAGUAUAUUCAGAAUUGCAGUUCAUGUUCUUUAGUAAACUGCAGCUGCCAGAGCGAUAGAGCUAGCAGUGGGAGCAGUGCCAGCAGUAGCAGUGGAGAUAAGCACUCUGUAGUUUAUGGCCGGAAGCAUGGUAAAAGAUCUCACUUAAGGAGUACCAGUUCCUCCCUCUAUGGAGACUCUGAUGAUAGCCGCAGUCAUCAGAGAGUACAGAAUAGGUGUUCUAACGGUGAAUAUCUCCAGCAUGAUAGAAAUGGCAAUACUUCAAUAGCACCAUCUGGAAUAGCAGUGGAUAAAUUUGGAGUAAAUUUCACAGCAACUGCUAAUUGUAACAGUGGAGUGGAAGUGCAUGAAGAAGGGUUCAUGGUGCCAUUUCAAAGUGAAACCUCUUCAAAAGAAAUGCCAAAAAUGAAGAAUGGUGGGAUAUUUAAGUAUCUUAGAGAUUUUGUUGCGGGAGAUGCAGAACACAAUCUUUCUACUGCUCUAAGUUGUUAUGAAGAAGCCAGACAAGCGCUGAAUGGAAUUUCUAUAGGCUCAGCUGAACUACAAUCUGUAACUAAAAAGAUAGGGUGGGUUUGCAAUGAACUGGGUCGAAAUAGGCUUGGAAGAAAAGAGUUGUUAAAAGCAGAACUUGCAUUUGCUGACGCCAUAUCUGCAUUUAGAGAAGUUUCUGAUCACACCAACAUCAUAUUAAUCAAUUGUAAUUUAGGCCAUGGCAGACGAGCAUUGGCUGAAGAGAUGGUAUCGAAGUUCGAAAGUUUGAAAGCCCACUCAAUCUCCCACAAUGCAUGCAAACAAGCUUUGCAAACUGCAAAAGUGGAAUACUGUGAAUCACUUAAAUUUUAUGGGGCAGCAAAAUCAGAACUGAUUACUAUUGCAGGAGAGGACAAUGUGGAGUCAAAGAACCUGAUGAAUGAAGUACGUACACAAUAUGCCCAUACAUAUCUGAGACUUGGCAUGCUUUUGGCUAGAGAAGAUACUACUGCAGAAGUUUAUGAAAAUGGAGCCUUGGAAGAUGUGGGUGUUGUUCAUAUUAGUCCUAGUGACAAAAGAACUAGGACAGUAUUAAGAAAGCAUGAGAUUUCAGCCAAUGAUGCCAUUAGGGAGGCGUUGUCUGUGUAUGAAUCUUUGGGUGAAUUGCGCAAGCAGGAGGCCGCAUAUGCUUACUUUCAGCUGGCUUGCUACCAAAGGGACUGCUGUUUAAAAUUUUUGGAGUCGGAUCAUAAGAACUUGCCUAAAGGUGAAAAUAGUAUUAUCCAGCGGGUGAAGCAAUAUGCUUCCUUGGCCGAGAGGAACUGGCAAAAAGCACUAGAAUUUUAUGGACCAAAGACACAUCCCAUCAUGUAUCUAACUAUUCUCACAGAAAGAUCAGCUCUUUCACUAAGCCUCUCUGGUGUCUUACACUCAAAUGCGAUGCUUGAAUCUUCUCUAUCUCGCAUGCUUGAGGGACGCUAUGUAUCUGAAGCAAUUUCAGCUUCUUUUUCAAGUGACAAUCCUGAGGUACAUGCCAAAUUUUGGGGUCAUUUACAGAUGCUCCUAAAGAAAAUGUUGGCUUCAAUGCUUUCUGCAUAUACAAAUAGAUCUUCGACUGCUGUCCAGUCAACCGCAGCUUCUAAUAGGCCAGAUACUGGGAAGCUCAGGGAGCUCUACAAGAUGUCCUUGAAAUCUACUGAUUUUAAUCAGUUACAUACUAUGAACGCUUUAUGGACAGCAUAAUUCCACACUUGCACCUAUACUUUUGUAGAUUCCAUCCUGUACUUUUUGCAUCUAUAACAGAAGGCAAUUGAGCAUUGCUGUGUUGAAGACUGCUUGCAGCCUUUUGUUGUCGACCAACUCUUGACCUUGUAUGGAGUAGCCAGGAUACACUUGAGCUGAUGGAUGGAUUUGAAAAUUUCACAAACGCCCCAUUUUACUAGUUGGAACUUAGAAGAUCGUGGUUAUUUUUUAGGACAUAUAGUUUGGAAAGAAUUGUUGAUGGAUCUUAUCCAGGUAUUAUGUCGUUCGUCUCCCUUUUUGUCUCCCUAGAUUAAAUGGCUUCAACCUGUGAACUUGUAUUCACUUACUAUGUUGUUUGCUGAUAUUUUCCUACUAUUUAUUGGAAAGGAUCAUGGGUAUUCUCAAGCCCUAUGUUGUCUCCACAUGUAGAGAAGAUGCAAACUCUGGAAUAGACUGAAAACCAUUUGCAAUUCAUAGCU